AUGAAAAUUGAGUCAAUGAGAGAAGAAUUAGAUCAGAAGAAAGAAAAAAUUAGAGAAGAAACUGAGAAAGAAACUGAGAAAGAAACUAAAGAGAAAACUGAGAAGGAAGCCGAUAAUAGCAUUAAUAGACCAAAUAUUACUAAAAUUAUUAAUUUGGUCAAAAAUACACUUUAUGAUGCUCUCUGUAAUUAUUUUGAUUCUUUGCCAAAUUCAGUCUUACUUGCAAACGAGGAACUUCUAAAUAAUAGUUAUAAGUCUAACAAUAAAAAUAGAUAUCAUCUUAAAGGGUGUAAAGUAAAAACAAAUAACAAUUUUAAAUUACAUCUGUUUGAAGAAGAAGAAAAGAUUAUUAAUAAGGAUGAAAUUGAUUUUUACCUUGAUAGAUUUUAG